AUGCAUCGCACUUAUUCUAUGCGCCAAACCCGGGCGCCUACUGCCUCUCAGCUUCAGAACCCCCCACCACCUCCCUCAUCCACAAAGUCUGGUCGCCUGUUCAAGGGCAGCUUCGGCCAUGCCCUUCGUCGCAAUGCAGGCGGCGCCUUUGGCCCCGACCUCGCCAAGAAGCUCUCCACGCUGGUCAAGAUGGAGAAGAACGUGAUGCGAAGCUUGGAGACCGUUGCCCGUGAGCGAAUGGAAGUUGCCCAACAAUUGUCUAUUUGGGGUGAGGCCGGAGAUGAGGACGUUUCCGACGUUACCGACAAGCUCGGCGUUUUGCUGUACGAGAUCGGUGAGCUCGAGGACCAAUACGUCGAUCGAUACGACCAAUACCGAGUUACUAUGAAGAGCAUCCGUAACAUUGAAGCCUCGGUUCAGCCCAGUCGUGACCGCAAACAGAAGAUCACUGAUCAGAUUGCUCAGCUCAAGUACAAGGAGCCCCAAUCUCCCAAGAUUGUUGUUCUCGAGCAGGAGCUCGUUCGAGCUGAGGCCGAGUCUCUCGUUGCAGAAGCCCAGCUUUCCAACAUUACACGCGAGAAGGUCAAGGCAGCCUACACUUACCAGUUCGAUGCUCUCCGCGAGCACUGCGAGAAGGUCGCCAUUAUCGCUGGCUACGGAAAGCACCUGCUCGAGCUUAUCGACGACACUCCCGUUACACCUGGUGAAACCCGACAGGCCUACGAUGGUUAUGAGGCUAGCAAGGCCAUUAUCCAAGACUGUGAGGAUGCUCUCACCAGCUGGGUCUCUUCCAAUGCCGUCGUUUCUUCCAAGCUGUCCACCCGUGCCCGCACAUUGUCCCAGCGACGCCGAAACAACAUCCGCACUAGGGGUGAAGGACAUGACCUCUCUGGCCAAGACAUGCCCCUGAACGACGGUAGCUCCUGGACAGCUCGCGACCGCGACCUCGAUAGCGAAGAGGAAGAAGAGGAUGAGGAUGCUCGCGGCUCUAUCAUGGACAGCGAUGGCGGUCUGAACGGCGAGUCCCGCGGACGCCCACAGGAAGCUGUUGUCGCAUAG